CUCAACAGAAAACAACGUCCUGAAAGUCGGGAGGCGCGUCUUCUCCGGCAUCCAGAUUACUCCCAUCUUGCGUAAACCCGGUGCGCGCCGCUGCUGCCUCUUAUUCCAAGACUAAUUUAAGUCUGGGCUUUGAACCCCGAGCCUACUGAGCUGUGGCUGAGUGUAGUUAAUGUCUUUAGUUAGUUCUCGGAUCCUGAUUAUAGUUUGGGUGCACAACAACAUCAAACAAAACAAGGUAUUUUUGGUCAUUUCUGUUCACCAAGCGGACUUUGAAGUAGGAUCGCAAGAUGGAUAAAGUCGGCGACUCUAUCGGAGAAAGUAAGCCGGUGUGUCAGUGUGCCCCCAAGUCCGCGAGCCAGCGGUGGCUGCCAGGUUUCCCCAUCGCUCUGUGCUUGUUGAUGUCGCUGAGCUCCAUCACCGUGUGCCUUCUGAUGAGCUUAAAGACCUAUCAGCUGGAGAACCGACUGCAGAUGGAGUUGGACAAGGCGUCUAUCAUCCAACACCCGAACAGGGCUUUCACAAACGAGGAUGGGACCCUAAUGUCAGAGCUGAGCACCCCAAUCGGAAAGCUUGUGGAAGAGAAAGUGGUGGCUCUGAGACCGAAAUUUCGGACAGCUAGGGAUGUUGGCCAAGAGUGCUCCUGUCCUCCAGGACCUCCAGGAAAACGUGGAAGGAUGGGAAGAAGAGGGGAUCCUGGGCCUCCUGGCAAGGCUGGACGGGAUGGAUACCCGGGUCCACUUGGCUUAGAUGGAAAACCAGGUCCACCGGGUCCCAAGGGAAGCCAGGGACCAGCUGGACCCAAGGGGGAAAAGGGUGACCAAGGAGACAUUGGGCCAAGGGGUCCUCCUAUGUACGGCACACAUGCAAGCCUGCACAGUAAUCAGAUUCUCACUGUUAAGGGUGAUCAGGGUCAGGCUGGGCCCGCUGGUCCUCCUGGUCCUCCAGGUCCCCCGGGUCCCCGAGGCCCCCCAGGGAACACCGGAAAGGAUGGCCCUCGUGGUCUUCCCGGAGAGCCAGGUUUUGCUGGUCGUGAUGGAGCUGAGGGGCCACAGGGACUCCCUGGGAAGCCGGGAGAAGAUGGGCAGCCUGGUUAUCCAGGACCACAGGGUGCCCCGGGGGAAAAGGGCGAGCCUGGGAGUGGAGAAAAAGGCAUGGAUGGACUUCCGGGAUUAAAGGGUGACAAAGGUGAAAGAGGAGAGCAAGGACCACAGGGACCCUUGGGCUAUCCUGGUGAGAAAGGUGUCCCGGGUGCCUCAGACAUCAUUGACUUCAAUGGGAAGCUCCUAGAUGCUUUGCAGGGGCCACCUGGACCACCGGGACCUCCAGGACCUCCAGGGGAAAAGGGUGAGCUCGGUUUACCUGGACCAGCAGGAGUUGAUGGGGAGAAGGGACCCAAAGGUGACAUGGGGGAGAUAGGAUCUCCUGGGAUGAGAGGAGAGAAGGGAGAGAUGGGUCUUUCUGGGCCUACUGGUAUGGAUGGACACAAAGGAGAAAAAGGCGACUGCAGACUGGAUGACAACCUGGUUCAGAUGAUUUCCCAGCCAGGCCCACCUGGCCCACCAGGACCACCAGGAGUACCCGGGCACCCUGGAUCCAUGGGACUGCAUGGAAUGCCUGGUCCUAAGGGUGAGCCAGGAGUGGGGAUUAAGGGAGAGAAGGGGGACGCUGGUCCUCCUGGAUUCAGAGGAUCAGAUGGCCUCCAAGGUCCACCUGGGUCUCCAGGAUUAGUGGGCCUUCCAGGUGCCAAGGGAGAAAAAGGAAGACCAGGGGAGCCUGGACUAGAUGGUUUCCCAGGCCUGAGGGGAGAGAAAGGUGAUCGAGGGGAUAAAGGAGACAAGGGUGACAGAGGAACAGUUGGGAAGAGAGGUCUGAAGGGCCAGAAGGGAGAACAAGGCCCUCCGGGUCUGGACCAGCCUUGUCCUGUGGGACGUGAUGGGCUACCCAUACCAGGCUGCUGGCACAAGUGAUUACUAACCAGCAGCAUGGAAUCUGUAUAUAUUGAUGUGGUAUAUAUUGCAACAGAAUACUAUGCCAACAACCCACUCCCUUUUUUUUCCUUUUUUUAUAAGAUCCUAUUAUAUAAUAUAUUGAGACUUUGAGAACAAGAAUAUUUUUGAGUCUACAGUAUUAUAAUUUUUUUAAACUCGAGAUCCAGUGUUGUUGUGAAAGCAGCUUUUGAAGAGGCAGACGUGAAGUGGCCGUGAGACUCUUAGUUUGAAGGACAGUCCAGAUGCCAGUGUUGGAGUAAAGGAGUGCCUAACUAACAAAGUCUGACUUGUUGCCUGAUUAUCGUGUGCGCACUCAUCCAUUCUCACGGGAUGGAUGGAUGUUUGGACGGAUGGACAUUAUUGUGUUGGCGGAUGGAAGAGUGUGUCAGUACUCUCUUGUCCUCUCUCUGUUUUUGUUUUAAAAGGAGGAAAUGGCAAGGAAGAAGCUCAAACGCAAGCGUCUCUCUCAGCCCUGAAAGGGCGCCGGGCCCGGUGGAGUAAGGACAUGUAGACACGCAGAAAUCACAAGGGCCUGAUUGGCUUUUAUGAAGCAGAGCUGGCCAUGUAACGCCUCUGCGUCAAACCGAACUCUCGCAUCCUCCGAUAUGGAAUCUCUCCAAGAAGGCGCAGACAUUGUGCUUCCACAUUCACCUCAGAGGGAAAGAUGAACCUGUUUCUGAUGAUGUUUUAUAAAGGCUUGAGGUUUUUUGAGAGUCAAUGAUGUCACUGGCACAUAAGGAAGGAUUUACUGUGCAGAUAGUUUGAACAUGUUAUGGUGAUCUCUUAAAUUAAUCUUUUGUAAAAGUUUUCACUAAAUGCAUGAUCAUAACAGUUUUGUAUAACAUCCUAUCAGCUUGUAUGACUUGUGGUCCCUCAUUGAAACCUCAAAGUGCAUUCAUUUUUACCUGCAGUAAGAUUUUUUUUUUUUUUUUUUUUUUUUUUUAAGAACAAGCCACUCUGAAAUGUCAGAGAGUCCACAUCUUUAUGGCUUACAUUUAUGGUGACUUCCGUGCUGUUUUGUUUUAUUUUUGGUAUAUUUUCACCUAUCGCCAGUCUCAUUUUUGCAUUCCUGUGCAUCGCCAUGUUUGUGAAAUAGUGAAACUUUAAGGUCAGUGAAACUUUAAGGUCAGAUUUGAAGGAACCAUCAACAGUAUUCAUAUAAAUCAGUGUUCAGUUGCUUGACAAAUGAUUGCCAAUCUUGAUACAUUUUGACUGAUUGUUAUAUUUUAAUCACAGAAAGGAAAAAAAGAUGUUUAAUUACUGCUGCCAGUUUUUUUCCUGGGCAGCAGUAGACUUGCUUGCUGCUGACUUAAAUGUGUGUUGUUUGUUAGAUAGCUUUGAAUCAAUAUUAGUCAUGAAAGGCAGGACUAACAUACUAAAGUAUAAUAUUUUUAAUCAAACAUACACACAACAGUUGCUUCUUUGGGAUAGUUUCCUUUUUAUUCAUCAGCACCUCAGCACAGUGGUUCAUCACUGUCAGCUAUUUUGCGUUUUGUGUGUUCUUUCUUUCGGUUAUCAAAGUCUUUACAGUCAGAUGACUUUUACUGGUUUGUUGUGGUCUUUGUGAUACUUUUUUCCUCAGACUGUCUCAUUUCUUGGUGCUUAAAUACUUUUAUGUACUGUUUAAAUCAAACACACACAUGCACAAAUGCAUGCUUUUUAAAGAAUUGUGAAACACAUGGAAAAGGAAAUUGUGCUGUUUGUUCAGGUGUAAUAUUUUCAAAUAUUUGGACACUAUUCACAGGACUGAGAGGCAAAAUACAUUUUCAGGUGAAUCAUGUCUGACUAGCAAUCUUGUACAGGCUACACUGGUUAGUUGUCUUCAGUACAAUUAACCCAUCACCAGAGGGGCUGCUAAACAAAUACUGUAAUAUUUCAAAUGGGCUUUAUAUUAGGACAGUACACUUGUAAUGCUGACUUACUUGUACUUAGAAUAAUCUUGGUUCCAUAAUCAGGCUCAUGUUCGAGUAUGGUGUGGGCUGCAUAUCCAGUGCUUACAUUUAUUCGACCACCUGUCACAAAAACAAGAAAAAAUUUUUUUUACAAAUUUGUCAAAAAACAGUUUAAAACUUUAAAAAUAAUGUGUUACUUAUCAGGCAAAUAACAAACUGAAAUUACGUUUUUAUACCCAAAUUUGAGCCAACACACUGAACUUCUCUGAGAGGUCAGAAAUUAAUCAAGUACAACAGUAUAGCAGUCAUUUUAUUUUAGUAUUAAGAAUAUCAUUUUGAUGAAAGAGCUUGCACAUGCUGGUGGAUUAACCAUUACAGAAACGUUUAAAAAAAAGUUCUUUUGGUAAUUACCAAUACUGUUAAUUUAGGGCAGCUGCUUGAACCUUACACUGGAUGGUGGUUUAAUAAAUUUGUUAACCACUGUCCCUGCAGAAUAUUUCCUGUUUAAACCUCAAAUGAGAAGCUGUAAUAAACCUCAUACCAUCUUCUUUUAAUCAUCAUUUUGCAAAAACACUUUUAUGUUAUGCCCGCAAAGUUGCAUCACUUAAAGCAUGCAGAGCAAUUUCUGCAUCCGUAGAAUAAUGAUGAGUAGGAUAUUCUUAGCUUAGUUCAGGUUUUGACACAUUAGGCCACCAAAUGUUUUAAACUUAAACUGCAUUGAAUGUCAUUAAGCUAAAACGAACUUUCUUUGGGAAUCAUGAUAAAAUGUGUGUUGAAGCUGUGGUUAUGCUGAAAGUAGGAUGGUUUUAACUGCAGGUUUAGACUUGGUUUCAUUGGGAAAGCUGAUGGUUAUCUGCCGCACAUCAUGUGUGUUUAUUUCUUUUGCAGAUUCUAUCAGUGUCAUUUUCAUGGCUUAAAGAGUAAACGGCAGCAUUGUCUGGAUAGAGUUUAAUGUUUUAGCAAAUCCUUUACCACAGUGUUAGCUUAGCUUUGUGAGAAUGUUGUUGUUUUUGGUUGGGUAUUUGGUUGUAAAAGAUUUAAGCUAUUUUUGUAAUUGUCUAAAAAAAAAUGUAGAACAUAAAAUCUGGUAAACUAAACAUGUAGAUGGUAAUAAACUCUCUAGUUCUAU